GGGUCGCGCCGAGGCCAGGCCGCAGCAAGUUGGGAGGUGGAUCCCGGUGGCCAGCGGCCAGUGACAAGAGGUGACCCCCCCCUCCCCGGGAGGAAUCGCACCCCGCUCAGCUCCUGCGCGUUCCUGCAGGGCUCCCGUCUUUCCCAUCUGAGGAUUUCUGAGGUCCCCUUCCAAGAGGUUCCUGUCAAGCUCCAAGAUGGCGUCAGCUGGAGACCACCCUGCGGCCCCCCGUGACGCUGCUGAUCAGAACUUUGACUACAUGUUCAAGCUGUUGCUUAUUGGCAACAGCAGUGUGGGCAAGACAUCCUUCUUGUUCCGCUAUGCUGACGACUCCUUCACGCCCGCCUUUGUCAGCACCGUGGGCAUCGACUUCAAGGUCAAGACCGUCUACCGCCAUGACAAGAGGAUCAAGCUACAGAUUUGGGACACAGCAGGCCAGGAGCGCUACCGGACGAUCACCACAGCCUACUACCGCGGAGCCAUGGGUUUCUUGCUCAUGUAUGACAUCGCCAACCAGGAGUCCUUUGCCGCUGUGCAGGACUGGGCCACACAGAUCAAGACCUACUCGUGGGACAAUGCCCAGGUCAUCCUCGUGGGGAACAAGUGUGACCUGGAGGACGAGCGUGUCGUACCAGCUGAGGAUGGCAGGAGACUUGCUGAUGACCUUGGGUUUGAGUUCUUUGAGGCCAGUGCCAAGGAGAACAUCAAUGUGAAGCAGGUCUUCGAGCGUCUGGUGGAUGUCAUCUGUGAGAAGAUGAACGAGUCCCUGGAGCCCAACUCUAGCCCAGGCAGCAAUGGCAAAGGCCUGACCCUGGGGGACACCCCAGCCCCCCAGCCCAGCAGCUGCAGCUGUUAGAACUGGCCCUCGACUCCCACCCAUCCCCUCUUGCCUCAGCAGGGAUUGUGACUGAGACAUGAGCCACAGGGCUGUCUCCAAGCUCAGGGCACCCCUUCCCUCCUGCCUGCCACCUUCUCCUCCUCCAGCUUGGCUCCCUCCCUCUCCGUGCUGCCUUACUCAGCCCGGGUCACAGGCCGCACACCCCAGGGUUCAGCUCAGCAUGGCCGGCAGGGACCUGGGUUACCCUGCAUGAACUUAACUGCUUUCCAAGGUGUUUCAAUGGGGUGGCCUUGGGCCGCAUGUCCCUCCACACCUGAUGGAGGGACAUCCUCCGUGCCUUCUAUGUUAGUCCAUUCCUCAUUGGACACUGCCUGGUGUCAGGAGCCUGCUGAUGCUGUCACAUGGUGUGGGUUUCUGGGCUAAUCCAUGGAGAGUGGAAGUGGCGCCUCUUUCUCAGGUUCCCCCAGGUUGGCCUUGAACCCACCCUGUGAACCUCCUAGACUCCAAGUUUCCAAGCUGGGAUGAUGAUUGGGGUCCCCUUCACACCCCUGCCUCAGCUUACAGACCAUCUACUUGUGAAAACAGCAUGUUAUAGAAGGGAGCCGAGUCAGGACCACCCCCGGCAUUGGUGACUCCAAAGUGCCUUCUGAGCUUCCCCAGAAUUUAUGCCACCCAUGAUCCUGUCCUUGUUUUGAUGAACCCAUUGCAUCUCUAGAACAUUCUGGCCAUAUCGGGUGGGACUGGGAAUUAGCCAACCUUUAGCAUUCCUGCUCAAGGCUGUCUGCCAGGUCACCUCAGAGCCAGGAGACUGGGGCCUUGGUGGCUUGUUGUAUUUUAAGCAAGAUCUUUCCAAAUCUUAACAUCCUGCGACAGAAGGAAAUUGAGCAAUGUCCCCACAGCCUGGGCUUGCUGGUGACUUUCUGAUGUCAGGACUCAGGCUUCUCCAACUUGAAGACCCAGUGUCCAUCUCCUAAACUGUGUCACCAGUGGGCCUAGGGAAUCCUGGAUCUUUCCAUGGGAUGCUUUGGGGUCAGGAAUGAGGGGUGAGAAGGUACAGUUAAAUAACCUACUGUCCUCCGUUGUACUUCCUGGAUCCAGCUGGCAAGUGGAUGGGGGAUGAGGUAUGAUCAAAGUCAAGAGUCCACAUUACUGGGGUUCCCAUCUUCCUGGACCCCCUACUCAGAGAACAAAUCCAGUUGGACCACCUAUUUUCUGACCCUCCUACCUCCCCAGCUAGCUCGGCGGUCUUCCUGCCCACCAAAGUCCAAACUCUGGUGGCAUGGUACCUCCUGCCCUGAAAACCAACUGACCGCCACCCCACCCUCUGCCCAAUAACACAACCAACACUGUGACGGUGGCCUAAGUGGCGAGUUUGUGUCCUCAGCUCUCUGAUUCUAUGUCAGGGGCUGUGUCCACUCCCCUAGUCUCUGUAAACAGAGUGACUUCAUACAGCAUUUAUGAGCACCGCCUCCUUCCCAAGAUUAUGUGUGAGCCCCAAGGCUCACAAGUUCAAAUUUAUUUCCCCCAUACCAGGCAUAGAUCGCCACUGAGGGUUAUCUUUGUAGGCCAAAUUAAGUGACUGAAGUGAAAUGGACAAAUUCUAUGAACACCAACUGAGGGUAUCUGAAUAUUUGAGGUGAGGGGUCAUAAAAUUUUUUUUUGCUAUAAUAUUAAAGUCAAAAUAGCUUAACGAAAGGGGGAGUCCUGUGCUACAACAUGGCCUGUCGGGUUUUUUUGUUGGCCAGUCCAUUGUCACUGAGCUGCUACCCCCAAAACAGUGGCCAAAGUCUGCCAUCAGCUGAGGACAGACCUUGUGUGAUUAAAAAAAUAAAGAGCUUUAGACGGGCGCCGGUGGCUCAUGCCUGAAAUCCUAGUUAUUUGGGAGGCUGAGAUCGGGAGGAUCUCAGUUUGAGG